CCCGGAUGUUAGCUGUCGAGAGGAAAGCAAACGGGAUAAGGCAGGAAGGCUAUCUUGGGACUAUAUUGAUAGACCGACUGGAGAGGGCAAAGCGGGUUUAACCCGGGACAAACUGAGAGGGCGCCAGCACCCAGCAGUAGAAGGAACAAGUCAAGCUUUCCUUGGGGAAGGAGAAGAGGUGGAAGGGGAGGGGGACUGUUGUUCGUGCACGGAUUUGGACCGGUCCAACACAUUUUAGCUUGCUAGCCCGGAGUGCGUCUGGAGCAGCGCCCAGCACUGUGAGCUGAGGGAGGCUCCGCCCCUCUCCCCGCCCCUUCCGCCGUCUCCCCUCUGUGACCCAGCCUCCCAGUUACCAUGACCUCAGAGCUGGAGAGCAGCCUGACCUCCAUGGACUGGCUGCCGCAGCUCACCAUGCGGGCCGCCAUCCAGAAGGCGGACGCGCAGAACGCCCACGGGCCCGGCGUGGCCAAGAAGAGCGCCCUGCUGGACCCCAACACCACGCUGGACCAGGAGGAGGUGCAGCAGCACAAGGACGGCAAGCCGCCCUACAGCUACGCCAGCCUCAUCACCUUCGCCAUCAACAGCUCCCCAAAGAAGAAGAUGACCCUGAGCGAGAUCUACCAGUGGAUCUGCGACAACUUCCCCUACUACAGGGAGGCGGGCAGCGGCUGGAAGAAUUCGAUUCGACACAAUCUGUCCCUGAACAAGUGUUUCCUUAAAGUACCUCGCUCUAAAGAUGACCCUGGAAAGGGAUCGUACUGGGCGAUCGACACAAACCCAAAGGAGGACGCACUGCCCACCAGACCCAAGAAGAGGCCACGGUCGGAAGAACAGGCCUCCCCUCCGUACAUCAGGGACUCAGACUCGCGGGGAAUGGACUGCAUCCUCCCUGGAAGUGCCUCUCCUACGCUGGCAAUCAACACUGUGACAAACAAGGUAGCACUGUACACUCCGGACCAGGAUGGAAGUGACAGCCCCCGCAGCAGCCUUAACAACAGCCUGUCAGACCAGAGCCUGGCGUCAGUCAACCUCAACAGUGUGGGGAGCAUGCACAGCUACACUCCGGUCAGCAGUCACCCGGAGCCCGUGUCCCAGGCCCUGAGCCUCCAGCAGCCCCCUGCUCCCCCGUACAGCAUGCCCGAGCGGGACAAGCAGCUCCUCUUCUCCGAGUUUGAAGACCUCAGCGCCUCCUUCCGCAGCCUUUACAAGUCCGUCUUCGAGCAGUCCUUCAGCCAGCAGGCAGGCCUGAUGGGCAUGCCUUCGGACUCGACGCAACCGACCCACACCUCCUGUUCCUACCAGUCGCCCCACAGCACCCAGAACAGCGUCACCAACAGCAUGGCCAACAGUGGAGGCCAGAUGCCCCUGUCCCACCCAUCCCAACUGCAGACCCAAAACGCUCACUCUGCACACGGCUCGCCCCACGGGGCACACCUGUCCCAGCACCCGCAACAGCACAGCCAGCACCCGUCCCAGCACGCACCACACACCCAGCACCCUUCCCAGCAUGCACCUCACGCACAACACCCCUCCCAACACGCUCCUCACGCGCAACACCCUUCCCAACACGCACCUCACGCACAACACCCAUCCCAGCAUCCAUCACACUCACAACACCCUUCCCAACAUGCAGCUCACUCUCAACACCCUUCCCAACAUGCAGCACAUACACAACACCCUUCCCAACACGCACCUCACGCACAACACCCAUCCCAGCAUACACCACACUCGCAACACCCUUCCCAACAUGCACCACACACACAACACCCUUCCCAGCAUGCACCACAUACACAACACCCUUCCCAACACGCACCACAUACACAACACCCUUCCCAGCAUGCAGCACAUACACAACACCCUUCCCAACAUGCACCACACACACAACACCCUUCCCAGCAUGCACCACACACACAACAUCCUUCCCAACAUGCACCACACACCCAGCAUCCCUCCCAACAGCAGCAGCAGCAACACCAGUCCCAUCCUGUCCAGCAACAGCUGUCUUGUAACUCUGUUGUCGGGAGCGAACCCGUUGUGUUCUGUCCUGCAGGCCUGCCCACGGACUGGUACCCCAACCUGGACGCACUGAAGGAGAGCUGUCGCAUCGCCAGCAGCUACAACUGGGCUGACGUGGACCUCUCGCCUUUCCAAGGUUUGAAAGAGAGCAUGAGGCAGGCAGAGCUCAACAACUGGUCCCUGGAGCCCACGCAGAUCGCCGACCUCUGCUCCUCCAUAAACCAGUUUUUCGCCCGCACUGGGGUCAUCCAGCCACAGGCGGCAGCGCAGGCCCCGGCAUGUCACGGCUCCUUGCACACCAAGCCCAGCCAGCACAUCGGCACAGGAAACCUGUACAUGGACUCGCGGCAGAAUCUUCCCCCGAUGAUGGGCCCCCCGGUUUACCCCCACCUCACCUCAAUGAGCACCGCCGGCCCCACCAUGACAGGACACCACGCCCAGAUGAACCAGCAGCACAUGAUUCCUCCUGGAAGUUUCCAGAUGCGCCGCAUGCCCGCCGAUGACAUCCAGGAUGACUUUGACUGGGACUCCAUCGUUUAGUCCUGUCCGUGGAGUGGGGCUCUGGGGCGCGCCGGGCCAGGGUGGCCCCACACACUGCGGGAGGAGACAAUCCAGACAGGACAGGACAUGGUGCAGGUGUCAUUUUCGACAAGAGCAGAGAGACUUAAGAGUCCUGGCCUUUUUACAGAAAAAGAAAUGAACAAAAAAAAAAAAAAAAAACUCUUUGAAGACAAUCAUAUAUAGUGGGACACCUUUCACUGAUGGCUUUUGUACUUUUGUCGCUUUUUGUCAUGGGGCGGAGUUGUACCCCUCACCCCCUCACCCCAGACCUCGUCUGUCAGCUCCCUACUUCGCUGUUGUGUGGUUUGUUUUGGCGGGGUGUUUCCUGACUGGCCCACAGGGUGGUCUCGGUGGAGAGGGAGACUGAGUGACAGUCACGUUUCCUCUCUGCCCGAAUGUCCGCAGGAAUGGGGGAGAAACCCGGAUCAGCCGUGCGCCGGGGCGGUGGAAAAAUGUCAAAGGCAGAUGUCGUGGGUUUUAAAGUCCGAUUACAUUCUGUUAAAUUAUCGCCAGGCUCUCCGCGAGAUGGUUGGUACCUCUGGACUUGGCGUAAGGGUGCGUCGCAAACGGGAGAAGGGCCACCCCAGAAAGUAAUCCCAAAUAUAACAUUACAAUACAAAUGUAAACUUAAGAAAAGUACCUGCAGUAUUUGUGUUUGUGUAUUCUACUCCUGUCUGUAAUGUGUCAUUUCACUACCAGUGCUGUCGACAUCCGGGCGGGCUUCACGUUGACUCAUCAUUUCAGAAUGUGUCUCUCAUGGUAGAUCAUGCUGAAUGGGGAUGAAUAAUCAAUGCCUGGUGACGCAGGCCUUCAGUGGACUCAUUGGACUACAGUUCCCUUGGACCCUUGUUGAUGUGCGUGUGCCUUUCUCAUGUGAUAAAAUGCGGUUGGAUGUUCAGCCUUGAACUGAUGGUGACUGAGCCUCCUUCCUUUACCUGCAGUGGUGUCGGGGGCUUGAUGAACAGCCCAGCACAGGAGCGUUUGCUUGGGGAAGGCCUGAAGUGGGUCAGGAAAAAGCGUGUUGCAGUUGGCGUCCGUGAGUCCGUAGGCUGUGAAGGUGGUUCACACCGUGGGGCGAACGCGUUCCUCCCCGAACUCUCCUCUCCUCUGGAGGAGCCGUGUCUAGGGCCAUUAAAGGGGGCUAGAACUGCCAGAAGUAAGGGCGGUCAUCGUCACUGACGGCGUGGGCAGACUGUGAGGGGUAGUCUCAGCCACCGGCAGUGGUUUUUGCUGUCCGGACAAGACAGGGUCAACUGAUGUUUGCACAAAAUAACAUUUGUGUUCAGCCUUGCAUGACUGUGUUGGAACCCCACGAAGAUUGUAGUACUGAGCGCCAUCUAGUGUGCAUUUCUGUGAGAGACAAUGAGAGGAAAAUUAUAGGACGGCGUGAACGCGGCUGUCUAGGGUGUGCUGUAAAGUAUAUCAAUCGAUUGACGGCUAAUCCGCUAAUCCUCGAGGAAAACGUAGGCAAAACGUAUCAUGAAGUGACAUUGUGGUAGGAUUCCCCUUUAUCACUCUCCUCUCUUAAAUGGUUUAUUUGGUGAACAGGGCCGUUGAAAGUGCUGAGUCACUGCAGAUUAGUCAGGUGGUCUGUAAAGCAGAGCCCCAGUCUUUGUGGAGGGGGGGUUACUUGGCCAGCUAAAGCUGAGGGUGUCUUACACAGGGGAUCCAAGAUGUCAGAACCUGAACCACUGUGUGACUAAGGGCCAUCUCCCUGUGCCUUAAGGUCCCCAGCUUUCUGGAGGACACCAAGUCAAACCAUCACCAAGGGGGGUAAAUGAGUGCCAAUAGACUGUGUGUAUGUCCGUGUGUCUCUGUCUGUCUGUCUGUCUGUCUGUGUGAUAUAGGGCUAUGCAUGAAUGGUAUCACAAUCACCUCUGUCCCCUAUGUACGAGCACAAAAUGAAUCCACGACCGGGGAUAGGGCGAAUUCACAGGGUUGCCCAAGAAUCAAGCACUUUUCUCAGCGCGCUCGAGGGGCGAAGGCCAGGGAUGUACUGUCCGCCCUCAUUCUGCUGGCUCCAGUGAUCUGCCACGGUAUUUCUGUCUCGUUCUGAUCAUUGUUGAGCAUUGAUCACCGCUGGACUGGCCUGCCAUUGUCCACAAUGUCCGUAUUUUGUUUUUAUUUUAUUUUUUUAGAAAACCUUUUAAAAGUCUGCUUGCGGCUCAGGUUCGGAUUUCCAUUCAGUCUUUCUUACAUGCAAACAAAUCCUGCAUUUCUGAUCAUUUACAAAGUGCUUUCAUCUUACUGAGCAAAUGAAACUACACAGACGGGUAGGUUGAGACAAGGGGUGGGUUUGAACGAAAAGUAUGAAAAAAAAAAAAAGAAAAUGGAAAAAAAAAAAAGCGAGUUGCGUGAAACGGUUUUUAACAGAGUGCUCCUUCGAUUCUUGUGUGUAUGUGUUUGUCGUGUUUUUAAAGACAAUUCAGCUUUGCCAUACUGCUGCAGAGGAACAUGCCAGAGAGAUUAGAUCCAGAUUUUAAAAAAGAAAAGAAAAAAAACCUUGUUACAUUAAGGGAGAAGACUGCCAACAAGUACUGUUAUUUGAGUCCUAUUUUAUUCGGUGUUGGUGUGUUAUUGUGCUUAUUGUAAAUAUGUCUUUUCAAUAGUCUUUUGUUCCCUCUGGGUGGGUAGGAGAGAUUGGGGGUCACAGGUUAAAGGAGGGGGGGUGUAUACAGAGUAUUUGGUUUAUGUUCAGUCAAAGAAUGAAACGGUCCGUGUGAAUGUAUGAGAGUUUAUGUGCGUGUGUAUACUUAUAGUACAUGUGAUGAAAAUGCAUUGGCUUUUUUGUGUGACACUACCUUUUACCUGUACUGCCGUUCUUCAGUGUUUUUCGUGUUUAUAAAAAAUUAUUUUGGAUUUUAUUUUUACUUCGUUUCUUUUAUCCUUCUCCCCUUUUGUUAUUGCACGGUAUAUUCAUUUAUUUUCUGUCCAGUGAAAUGACACAGCUACACUUUGUAUCGGUUAAGUGCUGUGCUGUAAAAUAACUCUGAAGUGUCAUUAGGAUUGUUGUUGCCAGACCCCCCCCCCUCCCCCCAAUAUGCAUGAAUGGCACUUAAAAAAAUAAAAUAUGUUAACUUCA